AUGAAGGUUCUACCCGUCGUCUUCUACCAGCUUAAAUCACUUGUUCAGGCGCGUUUAAACACGUUCCAGAGCAAUUGCCGACACUUGAUAGCAAAACCCGAUCAACUGUUACGUCAGGAACCAGCAGAGAUCACGGCAAUACCGAGAUCCGUAGCUUUCGUGACCAAGAAUAGCCAAGUCUCGACAUUUCGAAAGCCACAUGGAUUGAGCUAUGGCAGCGUCCGUAAAAGCUGGAGAGGAUAUAUCCACAAGCUUGUUUCAUAUCCAAAGCUGCAACAAGUAGCUUUAGAAGCUGCAAAUUGGUUUACAAAACCCAAAGAGCUAGAGUUUAAUUUACCAAGGAAUUUUCUUGCCAAGUACAAGCUUGGAGACAAAUUGGGAGAAGGAGCUUUUGGAACGGUCUAUUGUGCACUACCAAGGUUUCAAGAUAUGGGUGGGAGGAAGCUAGAGCUGGAUUUUGCAGUAAAAACAGUGCCAAAGUGUCGCAUUAGUAGCCGGCAUGACUAUGCUGCGUUAAAAAGAGAAGGACGCAUGAUGAUGCUACUGGGUGGAACGCUCAAUGUCGUGCACUUCUUUGGGGCGUAUGAAGAUGAUGAUAAUGUAUAUUUUGUAAUGGAGCGUUGUGUUGGUGGCGACGCAUCAACACGGCUGUCCAAAGUGAAGGAGAUGGAUCUGACUGCUGAUGUCACGCAUGAGGAACGGGCAAAGACGUACAUGCGAGAUAUCUUGCAUGUAAUAUGGCAGUGUCAUUUGCUGCGCAUUUUACAUCGAGACGUCAAGCUCGAGAACUUUUUGUUUGCAGAUUCAAAGCACGACAGUCCGCUCAAGUUGACUGAUUUUGGUGGAGCAGCAUUCCUGGAUGAGGGCGAAUUCUUGAAUAAUGUUCAUGGCACGCCGCUGUACACAGCACCAGAGGUGCUUAAGCACAAAUACGCUUUCCCGUCGGAUUUAUGGAGCUGUGGGGUGAUUUUAUAUCGGCUACUGAGUGGACGCUUUCCAUUCGAAGCUGACGAACUGCUGAACGAGCGCAUAAUGCACGAAGAGAUCGAUCUAAAGAGCCCACCGUGGACCGAUAUCUCGGACGAAGCCAAGGAUCUAGUGCAAAAAUUGCUGGAACGCAAUGUCACUAAACGUGUUACAGCUGAGCAAGCACUGAAGCAUCCAUGGCUUGCUUCGAUUUCGCCACUAUCUGUUGAGGCGUCCACUACGGCUUUUGCUGCUGCAAAGGAAGCUAUCAAGGGGAUGACAGGCUUUGUACUAGACGGCACGCUCGUACAAAGGUUACAACUCUAUCGAUCUCUUAACAUCCUCCAGCGUGCCGUACUGAACGAAGUAACUUGUCUUUUGCCUCUUGAACUGAAGCAAGACGUGGUUGUGCUAUACAGUGAAGUAUCUCGUGAUGCCAGUGAAAUCGUCGGUCUCGAGGAGUUUGCAGUUUACGUAGCAGCAGGUGGCUAUCGACUCACCAAAGACGAAGCAAAAGGUUUUCUACGGAACUUGGACCUCGACGGUGAUGGUCUGCUAUCUCGCAAUGAGUUUUGUGCUGCUCAACUAGAUUGGCCACUUCUUCAAAGUCAGCAUCGUGAAGUAUUCACCACGUGCGUUGACCAGGUAUUUCACAUGGUUGAUCGGGACAAGGAUGGUCUAGUGACACUUGAAGACGUGGCCGAGCUAACGCCGUUCCAAAAAAGCAACAAGUGCUUACAUUCAUUCCGAAACGACUUGGAUCGAUGCUUCCAGUACGCUGAUCGUUCAGGUAGGAGUCGUAUUGACAAGAAAGACUUCAAACAUAUGCUGCAUAUUACUGCAGACGCGUACGUUCACUUCCCCAAGAGACUCAAGCAAGCUCUAGCGACAAAAAGUCAUCUAGUACAUGUUCAUGGACAGUAA